AUGGCAGCUAAAGAUGAGUGGGAUAAAAUACUUCCAACUGACCUAGCGACUCAAUUGGCAAGGAAAACUGUCGAAGCAUGGGGACUAAGUAUUAAGGACAUACAGCUAUGGACUAGCUCUAUGGUGGUUCUAGGCUGGUUCAAGAGCCAAAUAUCACGACUCAAAACUUAUGUUGCAAAUCGAAUAAAUCAGAUUAUGGAAAUAACGGAAUCCGAACAAUGGAGGCAUGUACGAAUCGACGAAAAUCCGGCUGACAUACUAUCUCAAGGAGUGACUCCAAGGGAGCUUCAAGAUAAAGUUCUUUGGUGGUAUGGACCUCACUGGCUCGCAGAAGAAGAGAAUCAAUGGAUUCAGCACGCAGUACCAUUAAUAUCAAAGGAUCAGAUGCCAGAGAGACGUCCAAUCAAAUUGGUAUUGGUCGCAGUCAACUAUUUGGAUAAACUAUUACAGGUGAAAAGAAGUGGGACCAACGUGACUCAAUAUUUGGUGGUAUCUGAACUAAGAUCAGCAGAAAAUAUAUUAAUUAAACGAACACAAGCUGACGAGUUUUCAUUGCAACUCCUCGCAAAGCGUAAACAAAGAGAGAUUCCCAAAUGUAGCAAACUCAACAGAUUACACCCAUUACUACGAAAGGAUGGCCCAAUAGUGAUAGGAGUAAGACUUGAAAAUGCAGACCUUGAUGAGAACCAGAUACACCCAAUUGUUCUACAAGCAAAACAUAAGAUAACAAGAUUAAUUUUUGAAGACCAUCAUCAAGCACUCCUUCACUGUGGGCCGCAAAUGCUACUAGCAAAAGUUAGACAAUGUUACUUGCCCCUGAGGGGUAGGAUAAUGGCUCAUUCUACAGUUACACGCUGUAUCAAUUGCGUUCGUGCGAGACCAAGAUUUGAAACCCCACUUAUGGCUCCUUUACUAAAACAAAGAGUGCAAAUGUCUCGUCCGUUUACAAUAGCUGGUGUAGAUUUUGCAGAGCCAUUACAAAUUCAAAGUGAUAUCCGUCGUGUCACAACAAAAAAAGGCAAGGAUAGCGGUGUUUGUAUGCUUUGCUACCAGAGCCAUACACCUAGAACCCGUCGUAGGCUUAACGAGCGAAGCGUUCCUUGCAGCCUUACGUAG